AUGGUGCAACUCGCUCUUCUCCGCGCGAUCCCUUUCGUCGCCCUCCUGGCCCUGCCUGGAAUUCAAGCUGGCGACCUCUCUAUCCCCACCAAGGACGACGCCCCGAAGUUGUGGACAGAAGCCGAGCACGCAAGCUUCAUAUCCGGCACCCACUAUGAGAUCCUCGGUAUAAACCCAUUUGAUAAAUACGACCUCGGGGCCGAGCGAAUCAAGCUCAUCAACAAGGCGGUCGCCGUUUUGGACUCCCACAAGAAGUGCUACUACGACAUGAAAUUUGAUGGCGCUGACGUCGCGUACUUCAUGGCUUGCAUGAACAUGUUCGACGCGCGGUUCGAUGACACCCUUUUGAAGAAUCGGGAAAGGUUAUUCGCAAUUGCGGGGCACCCAUCGCGAGAGGGCCUGGGAAUCUAG